UGUCCCUGUACUUACUGUAAGUCACUCUGGAUAAGAGCGACUGCUGAAUGACUAAAUGUAAAUGUAAUGUACAUUUUCCACAAACACGAAGGCCUGACAGAUGGCCGACACAUUGUGCGAGCACGUUAACAAGAAGAGGAUAUGACCAUGUGCGAGCACACUCGACUCGUCUUUGGAGAUGCAUCGAGGGGUUGCCAGGUUGUUAGGACACUGACGUGGAGGGGGAGUUUACGCGUGUCUGUUGAUUCAAGGCGACGAGCGAUCGAGACGGUGGGCGCGGGCGGGUGCGUGACCGUGAGAUCAAAGCGUCUUCAUGUGGGCGGGAAAUGUUGCCCUGUUGGGUCCUUCGCUUGUUAUGGGUCCAGAACUAGGAGAUCUGGCAGGAGAUCAGAGAGGAGCAGGGGCUGGACGCAUGCCCUCUACAUCCACGGCCCUCCAGCUACUAACUCCUGUUUGGGAUAUCAGAGCAGUGAUGUAGAUGGUGUGACUGGGUGUGGAGUACAGGACCCAAACCCAGACAUGGAGCUGAGGAACCAGACCGAAGGGCUGCCAGGUCAGCUCUUCCCCCCUCUGGCUAACUGCACCAUAGACACCAGCUACCGCUUCACCUUCUACCAGGUGUCCUACAGCGUCAUCUUCCUGCUGGGGCUGUCCACCAACUGCCUGGCCCUACGCCGCCUCUGGCUCUCGCCCCGCACCCUCACCAGCACGGCCGUCUACAUGGCUAACCUGUCCACGGCCGACCUGUUCUUCGUGGUGUCCCUGCCUCUCAGGAUAUACUACUACCACCACAAGGCCCGCGACUUGGCGUCGGGAGCGGGACCCAACGCGGCGCUGUCCCCCUGGACCCCCGGAGGGGUCUUCUGCCAGCUGACCUUCACCCUCAAGUACAUCAGCCUGUAUGGGGGGAUCUUCUUCCUGGUGUGCAUCGCCGCGGACCGCUACUUUGCCGUGGUGCACCCGCUGGUGUCGGCCCCUCGCAGGGUGUGUGCGGCGCGGCUGGUGAGCGCGGGGAUCUGGUGCCUGGUCCUGGGCCUGAGCGCGACCCUGCCCCUGCUGCGCUCGGCCGCCGCCCGCCGCCAACAGCCCUGCCUGCUGGACCCGACUACCCAGCGCCAGCUGUCCUUCAUCCUGGCAGCCCUGGGCCUGGUGCAGGCUGCCUUCGUCCUCCCCGCGCUGGUGCUGCUCUUCGGCUACUGCAGCGUGCUGCGCGUGCUCCGCCAGCCUCGACGCCGCGCCCAGCGCCGCCGGCGCCGCCGCACCCUCACCGUCAUCUACUGGGUGCUGGGCGUCUUCCUGCUCUGCUUCGCCCCCUACCACCUCAACCUGCUGGGCUACACCCUCACCCACGUGGGCCUGGUGCCCAGCUGCCGCCUGGCACGGCUCACCAAAGCCGUGCACCCCGUGGCGCUGGUCCUGGCCAGCUCCAACUGCUGCCUCAACCCCCUCAUCUACUACUUCUCCAGCCGCCUGAUGCACAGGGAGCCCCUCAGCAACGCGGGCACUUCCAGCCAGUGAGGCGCCGCGAGCCUGCUGAGGCCUGUUCCAUAAAGAGAGUUUACCGAAUAGGCCAGACUCAUGUCAGUUAGUCAGACUCAUUUGUAGUUCAUUCGGUUCCAAAAAGCUAGCUCAACGUAGUUCGAACUCAGUUACUAUGGUAACUUAUGUUUCGAAACUAGUUUGGUCAGAGUCAUGCUAAUUGUCAGGCUUAGACCGUGUUCUUGCUUAACCAGACGUUCCUGGAACACUGACCCAAAGGUAAAACGAUGAUUUACCACGGACAUUCUCAUUUUCUUAUUCUCAUCAGUUCAAUAUGUAGGCUACAUUUAUAGAAAAUCAACUUAUAUAGCCUACAACAUUUAGUAUGAACAAUGAUUUGAUACACACCAUAGCCGUUAAAUGUAUGGCUAUGGUAAUUUGUGAUUUCAAAUGUUUAGCCAUCAGGCAUAGGCCUGUA